GCCCUGCGCUCGGCCCGCCCGGAGCUAUUUUGAAAGUGACCCUGGGCCGGGCGGCCGCGGGGCGGCGGGGAGAGGCGCGGCGGGCGCCGCGGGAACCAUGACAGAAGAUGACCGAGGCGGCGCUGGUGGAGGGCCAGGUCAAGCUGCGGGACGGCAAGAAGUGGAAGACUAGGUGGCUGGUGCUGCGCAAGCCGUCGCCGGUGGCAGACUGCCUCCUGAUGCUGGCCUACAAGGACAAGUCUGAGCGAGCCAAGGGCCUGCGGGAGCGCAGCAGCCUGAUGCUGGAGGACAUCUGCGGCCUGGAGCCUGGCCUGCCCUACGAGGGCCUGGCCCACACGCUGGCCAUCAUCUGCCUGUCCCAGGCCGUCAUGCUGGGCUUCGACAGCCGCGAGGCCAUGUGCGCCUGGGACGCCCGGAUCCGCUACGCGCUCGGUGAGGUGCACAGGUUCCACGUGACGGUGGCUCCAGGCACCAAGCUGGAGAGCGGCCCCGCCACCCUUCACCUCUGCAACGAUGUCCUCGUCGUGGCCAGGGACAUCCCUCCGGCUGUCGCGGGGCAGUGGAAGCUGUCUGACCUCCGGCGCUACGGGGCCGUGCCCAGCGGAUUCAUCUUCGAAGGCGGGACCAGGUGUGGGUACUGGGCCGGAGUCUUCUUCCUGUCCUCAGCCGAGGGAGAGCAGAUCAGCUUCCUGUUCGACUGCAUCGUCCGCGGCAUCUCUCCGACCAAGGGCCCCUUUGGGCUGCGGCCGCUUCUCCCAGACCCGAGCCCUGGGGGGACCCCCACCGCGGAGGAGCGAGUGGCCCAGGAGGCCCUGGAGGCCCUGAAGCUGGAGAAGCGGCUCAGCCUCCUCUCCCAUGUGGUCCGGCCGGGGAGCGGAGGGGACGACCGCAGCCUGUCCAGCUCGUCCUCGGAGGCCAGCCACUCGGACGUCAGUGCCGGCAGCCGGCUCACGGCGUGGCCCGAGCAGUCCUCGUCCUCGGCCGGCACGUCGCAGGAGGGCCCGGGGCCGGCGGCCACCCAGGCCCCCGGGGAGGCCGCGCCGGGCGCCUCGAGGCCGCCACCCAAGCCCCUGCGGCCGCGGCAGCUGCAGGAGGUCGGCCGCCAGAGCUCGUCGGACAGCGGCAUCGCCACGGGCAGCCACUCCUCCUACUCGGGCAGCUUCUCGUCCUGCGCGGGCAGCAGCCUGGACGUGUGGCGCACGGGCGACGAGUUCGGGUCCUCGCUCAGCCUGCCGCCCGCGGCCGGGGUGCCCGACCCCAGCCUGUGCGCCUGCCCGCCGGGGACGGCCGAGUACCAAGUGCCCGCUGCCCUGCGGCCACAUUAUGACACGCCACGCAGCCUGUGCCGGGACGCCAGGGACCAGACCGCCACCGCACAAGGCAGCCCCGACGACGGAGGGGCCGGGGACUUGGGUGGCCAGGCGUCCGCGGGGUGUCCCUCCGGCUGGCUGGGCGCGAGGCGGCGGGGACAGGCGGCGGAGGCCCCGGGCAGCGAGGCCCCCGGCGGGGCCUGGGAAGCAGGCAGUCCCCACGCGGGGCUUCCUCCGGCUUUCUUUUCCACUUGUCCCGUCUGUGGAGGACUCAAGGUGACAGACACAAGUGCCACGGGCAUCAGUGUUAAUCCCUCAGCCGCCCCCGGAGACUCACUGUCCUUUCUCCCCGCAGGAGCCGCGGGGCCUGAGAGACCGUGGGGGGAGGCGCCCCCCUACGUGAACAUCCCCGUCAGCCCCUCCUCCAAGACGCAGCUGCACUACAUGGGCCUGGAGCUGCAGGGCGCCGGCGCGGGGGUCCGAGGGGCCGGCGCCUCCCGCUACGCACAGAUCGACAUCACGGCCACCGAGGCGGCCCACAGGGCGGGGGCCCAGCACGCGCAGACCCGGGAGGAGCGGCUGCCCGAGCUGGAGCAGAGGAGGAAGGGGGCCCCGCGGUGAGGACGGCUCCGCGCAGAGCGGGCCUCCCUCCUGCGGACGGCGGGCGAGGGCACGGGGGGGGCCCGUCAUCUUUGCCGCAUCCCCGGUGGUCUGGGCUCCGUGACGGCGGUCUCCUGGCCGCGACCCCACGCGCUCCCCGCCCCCGCGGUCCCUGGCGCCCCGACCCAGCCUCCGUAAGUCACGCCGGAGCUCAGGCAGGUCAGGAAGGGCCAUGCGUCCAGGUGCCAGCUUGCCGCUGGUUACCUGGGCCGGUGCCGCGUCUCAGCCGAAGGGGGCCGGGGGAUCGCAGAGCAGUUUCCGUGGCGCUGGGACGCAAACUGCCCCCGUUCCACGGGCGAGGUGGCCACCCGACUGAUGACAGACAUGUCCUCGGAAAACACGUGUCCCCUAGCCCCAGCAAGGCCAGACCAGGCCCCGCCUAUGCCGAGCAUCCUGCCGUCCCCCCGGUUGUCCCCGCUCUGCAGCGGCCUCCAGCUGCGCCCCCUCCUGGGUCACCCCUGUCCCGUGCCGGGUGACGGCACCAACGAGCGCUGGGGGCAGGAGGACUCUUCCACCUUCAGACCUGUCAGGCUGCCCGCGUCACCCCCACGUGUGGUCACCUGAGUGCACGGCUUCUUAAGACCCAUUACAGUGAGUCAUGUAAAUAGUUCAAAAUUGUUAAUGUUCUAUUUUUAAUACGCACAUUAUUUUCCUGAAGGAUGAGGCGACUUCUUUCUCGUGCUGUGUCUGGAGCAGGCCGUGGCUUCGCUUGACCCUGGACAUGGUUCUGUCAUCUUGAGACAGCACAGGUGCUCAGGGCCGAGGUUACCCCCGACCUUGGCGGGUCUGGGUGGGGCGUCCGUAGGUGUUUCCUCCCCGCGGUUCCUGUGGCCUUGGGGAAGUUGUGUGGCAUUUUCAUGGCUCAGAGAGCUGGAGGGGGUGGCCGUGGCUCCACUGGCCGAUGGGCAUCUGGGUGUUGGGAAGUUUCCAGACAUUCCCGGGGCUUCCUGACAUUCCUCCUUAGGCAUGAAAGGGAAGCACCGGGCUGGGCCCUCUGACCCUCAUCUCAGAGAUGAGAUGGGCUCUGUUCUGCCUGACCAGGGUCUCCACCAUAGCCCCCUCAGAUGCCUCCCAUCCAUCCACCCACCAUCCAUCCAUUUACCAUCCACCCAUCCAUCCCAUCAUGCAUCCAUCAUCCGCCCAUUACCCAUCACUCGUCACUCAUCCACAUCCAUUCAUACCCCUCCCCCCCCACCACACCCCUGAUCCACUAAGGGCCCAGCCAGUACAAGGGUAGCACGUGGGGCUGACCCUCCGUAUGUCCUCCUCGGCUGAGAUCCCUCAGGUCGGUGGGUUUCCCAGCACCAGCACCCUUUUCCUCGCCCGGUCUUCUGAGCUGACACCUGACUGCUGGGGAAGCUUGUGAGUCAAGGCAGAAGGAAGGAGGCUCGGCCCUGAGCCUGUAGGGGCAGAUGUCCUGGGUGGGAUGCAAAGGCCUCAGGGUUGAUCCUGUGAACAAGUCAGGCUCUCAGCCCGAGAGGCCCCCACUAGCACGCCCUGCACAAGAUUCUGGGGUAGACGUCCCUUUCAAAUUACAAGGUGGGGAGCGAAGCAUGGCCUGCACACCACGGUCCAGGGUUCCAGCAGUGAGGGGUUGCCCUCUGGGUGGGAGGGGCUCAGACGUCCACACACAUCAGCUCCGGGACAGGCAACUCGGGGUCCUGGGCCUUACCAGUGACCUUGAGUGGCUGGUGUCUGGGGUCCACUGUUACUCAAAAUGAAAUAAGGCUGCUGUGUUUUUGUGACACUGAAACAGGGUCAUGGAUGUGUUAGGCAUUCACAGCUCCCCGAGGGGCUCAGCCGCCGUGAGCGUGGGUGAGGAAGGUGUGCUUUGGCCGGGAGGGCCUCAGCCGAGGCCAAGGGUGACCGCCCUCCAGCCCAGGAGGCCUCAGAGUGUGGGGGGCUCAGCCAGCUGCGGCGGCCACACAAGCAGAGCAGGGGGACAGCCCCCCGUCCUUCCAGAGCCGUGAAGGGCUGCACGGCGCUCAGUGGCCAGAGCCCAACACUGGGGCCAAUCCGGCAGAGCGGCCGCAGCUGCCAGAAGGCGAGGUGCACAGGCCACUGUGUGGCCGUGGAGGGGUUCGGGGGCCCCUGUGUAGCCGAACCCAAGUUCCAUCUGCCGGAAACACAGCAGAGACGA